CGUUCUCUUCUCCCUCCGGCAGGUUUUGCGGCAGUUGUCCGCUUCUUUCUUUGCAGUUGCGUCGCUCUCAGGUAAGUUAGCGCAUAUCCUUCAAUCGACAUUAGGGAGGAGGAUCAUCAAAAUUCAUCAGUCGACCACCGGUGUCCGGUUCUAAGAAUCCGGAAUUCGUAGGAUUUAUAAUCGGGAGGAUUCUGGUUCUUAAUUAGAACCGCAGCUUAUCAUCGUAAAAGAUGGGAGAACGUUCCCGAAAGAACAAGAAGAAGAGGCACUACGAAGAUUCAUCUGAUUCAUAUUCAUCAUCCUCUUCAUCUUCUUCUUCAAGUUCCGAGGAAGAAAAUGAAUUAUCUUCCAAGCGGCACAAGCACAGUAGCCGACGGCACCGUGAUGAGAAACGCCAUAGCGAAGGAAGUUCUAGGAGGAGAGAGAAAGAUAAGAGGAGGCAGAGGAGGAAGAAGGAGAAGGAGGAAAGAGAUAGGAAGCGCCGCAGGUCCAGGAGAAAAGAGAAGACUAAAAUUUCGGAUUUGGAAUCUGAUGGAGGAUCUGAAUCCUUAGGCGGCGAUGAUAGCGUUGAACCCGGAGAAAUAGUUCGAGAUAUAUUGAGGGAAUUUCCUAGUGUAGCUGCUGAUUUGGAGCAGCUUUUGAAAAUGAUUGAUGAUGGGCAAGCUGUUGAUAUAAGCGGAUUAGCUGAGAGGUCACUUAUUAAUCAUCUGAAGAAACUCUUCAUGUCACUGAAUCUCAAGGAUAAAGGUGGUUAUGUCUUUUUACUGCCACCUAAUGGUUGUCCUACCUUAGAGAUAGUUGGUAAAGAUAUUCUAUCUGAAAAACCCUUGGAUCAGCAACAGACGAAUCAACCAACAUCAGAGCCAGAAGCUGCAGAGCACAAAGAAAUGGAAAGCAAUGUUGCAAUGCCCACUCAAAUGGAAGAUUCUGCUCCUAAAAGGAGGAUUGGUCCUGAGAUGCCGUCUGCUGAGUUACUAGCUGCUGCAGCCAAGUUGACAGAAGCUGAGGCUGAGCUAAGGGAGGUCGAGUUGGAUGAAGAUUCUCUAGUUUUUAUAGGACCUCCUCCACCUGCCAUGGUUUCUGAAGCUGAAUCAUCAAAUGAAGCAGAGCGUUUCGAAGAGGUCACAAGAAUUGUGGGAGCUGAGGUUGACAGCCCUUAUGAUGUUCUUGGAGUGAACAGAAAGAUGCCAACUGAAAAUGUCAAAAAGAGGUAUUGGAAGCUGUCUUUGAUGGUGCAUCCAGACAAAUGUUCUCAUCCUCAAGCUAAUCAGGCCUUCAUUAAGUUAAAUAAGGCUUUUAAGGAUUUACAAGAUCCAGAAAAGAGGAAAGCCCUGGAUGACAAGAUCAAAGAGAAAGAGGAACAAGAAGAGUUUAAGGCAGAAUUGAGAGCCAUGCGCGAAGCUGCACAAUGGAGACGUCUGCAAGGUAUAUCAAUGGAAGGUGAUGAUGUACUCCUGGAAGACCUUGAUGCGAAACUGCCACCCAAAAGGGAUGAAUGGAUGACAACACUACCCCCUGAAAGAAAACCUGCUGGUGUGCCAACACAAUCAACUACUGCAUUCCAUAGGAAUGGUAAAGAGGCACGAGGCGAUACUAGUGCCUGGACGGAUACCCCAUCGGACAGAGCUCAAAAGGCAAAGCAGAAUUAUUUGGAAGCAUACAAUGAGGCAGCUGCUCUUGCUUCAAAGGAGGAAGUUGUUAAGAAAAACACGAAUAUGGAUGCAGAAUUAGUGGCUGAAUACAACAAAGCGAAAAGAUCAAAAUCAUUAGUAGAAAAGCACAAAGAAGCAUCAGCAGCAGGGGGAAGAAGUAGUGGUGCAAAGAAGAAGAACAAGUCAAUGCAGGAGAAAGAGGGAAAAGAGGUGGCGUGGGAAGGGCAACAUCCAUGGAAACCUUGGGACCGCGAGAAGGACCUGACAGCUGGGCGAAAGAGCAUUAAUCUUGAUCCUCAGAAAAUGAACGAGGGUCUUACUUCUCGCUUUUCCUCCAGCUCAUUUCAGAGAAAUUUCCUCUAGUCUCGUUAACUUGAUUUCUAUUUAUGUAUGUAGAUUCUUAUUUUUUACAAGAUAAUGGUGUUUUUUAAAG